AUGGCGGCGGACGGUGACGAAGUGAUUAGUGAUCAGGAAAAAGUGAGAAUUGUUUCGGAUUUUAUACUACAUUCACCCCCAGGAGAAUUUAACGAAGUGUUCAAUGACGUCAGAGUACUGCUAAAUAACGAUACUUUGUUAAAAGAAGGCGCGAGCGGAGCUUUCUCGCAAUACAACAGGGAUCAGCUCACGCCCGUGCGUCUUGAAGGUUCUGAGCUUCACACGCUUAUAACUGACCAUAAUGACCUCGGCGGAGGUAGGUUCUUCGACCCUCGUUCGAAAAGAUCCUUCAAAUACGACCAUUUGCGUAAAGAAGCAUCCGACUACGAACCUCAUGAGCCCGACCGUGAGGCGGAGGCCUGGAGAGCAGCUUUGGACGUGGAGCUGACAAACUAUGUGGCCGAACAUUACAAACACGGAGCGAGCUUAGUCGUGGGUCGAACCCUCGAGAAUGGGGCCGUUUCUCUCGUCGCCUGCAUCGAGGACCAUCAGUUUCAGCCGAAGAACUAUUGGAACGGAAGAUGGCGCUCCGUAUGGUCUUUAACAGUGGGUGGAGGCGCCGCGGAGCUCCGUGGCAUGCUCCGCGUCCAGGUACACUACUACGAAGACGGCAACGUCCAGCUCGUCAGUUCCAAAGAGGUCCGCGCGAGUCUAGCGGCCGCGGGCGAAGCGGCCACCGCCAAGGAAUUCGUGAGGUCGGUUUGUGACGCGGAGAACGCGUAUCAGACGGCCAUAUCUGACAAUUACAAGACAAUGAGUGACACCACGUUCAAAGCGCUCCGACGACAGCUGCCCGUGACCCGCAGUAAGAUUGACUGGACUCGGCUGGUGUCCUACACUAUCGGUAAGGAGUUGAAGAGCCAAUGA